CGGGCGUCUUCUUCAAAUUGCACGUCGUUGACUAGCUGUAGCGGAAAGCUACGCCUUGAGUUUAUUUUUCCGCUUCAUUUUCUGCUGUUGUAAACAAACAACAAAACACUUUUGUGACCACUCCAAGAGUAAAAAACGACAAGAUGGACGAGUAUCAUAACGAGGGCUCAUUCAACACCGAAGAAGCUGAUAACAUUGUCAAAGAGUGUAUUGAGACUGUAGUGGGCGGCGAUGACUACAACCAGAAUCUGGUAAACAAAUGGACCUCCGCUAUAGUAGAGCGCUGCCUCAUGCAACUGGUCAAACUGGGAAAACAGUAUAAGUUUAUCGUUACCUGCUCCCUGAUGCAGAAAACUGGUGCUGGCCUCCACACAGCAAACUCCUGCUACUGGGACACAACCACGGACGGUAGCUCCACGGUGAGAUGGGAAAGCCGCACCAUGUACUGCGUGGUCAGCGUGUUUGCCGUUGCCAUUGCGUAGAGAGCGGCGUCUUUCUGGGGAAACAACCAAAAGUGCCACUUCCACUCCGGAUGUGAAUGCACAGUAAGUGUAGAACUUUCCGGGCUGUACUGUACAUAAUAUUGAAACGAAUAAUGACCACAAUCUUUAUGCAGCUCCAAACUUUGCACAAUGAGUGGCGGCAAAUUUUGUUCGUGACAACGCUAUUCGAUUCUAUUAUUCGGUCUGUUGUCAUGUAAAAUGUCAGAAGGAAUAUUUGUCUUGAUAAGCAUGUUUUCCAAUUAAAAGAACAAGCAUCCUCA